AUGACAAUGUCUGCCGAGGAACACGAGCUGAUGGAGAGGAUUGCCCGUGUGGCCGGUCAGAUCAACCAGCACAAAAAUCAACAAGCAGGCCUUGUUCCGCCGCAGAGCAGCCACGCACCACCGCAUCACCGUACGUCCGUGGAGUAUCAUAACAGCAACCGUGCUGGUAUUGACGGUCUUGAAGACUCAGGUUAUUCUGGAAGCUGGCGUCAUCAAAGAGGAGGCUACCCAUACCCAACCCGCGCCCAUUACACCAAGCCUGUCCACCGUCACAGGACCUUGGUGCUGAACGGCGCGUCUCAACAAGGUAAAGCAGGUCAGCCCACUUCAGGCGCCGCGCUCGACUCGUCCCCGUCGUCCUGGGUAGCAAAGAACGACCGUCACCUUCAAAUCAUCAAUUCGUCCAUCUAUCACAAGGAAGCGCAGGCUCGCACUCGGGCCAUCGAGCAAACUCUGCGCCAGAAGCAACAACAGAGAGAUGAUCUGGAACGAACCAAGUUGAUCAACCAUCUACACCGUGCUGGCGAUCGGUCGGCAGCGGUACCAAACCAAUAUGAACUAACCGUGCAGGGUAUACGUUUUGCCGUUACGAAGAACGGAAGCAAACUUGUCAAGAUUCCCGGCGAUCUCAACUCAGGGCCGACCCCGAAAAUGGCUAUCGUAGGCGGUGUCAAGUUCUACCGCAGCAAGAACGGGAAUUUGUACCGCCAUGGUAUUGUUAAAGCGCAGCGAUUUCGGAACCUUAACCGACACCACGUCGAAAUGACUGGGUCUGGCCCUCGGUGCCGAUAUAUCCACGACCCAGCCAAGGUUGCCAUUUGCAAGGACUUUCUCCAACAAGAAGAAUGCAUCAACGGUGACUCUUGCGAUCUUUCGCACGAUCUCUCCGCGGAACGCACCCCCACGUGCUUGCACUUCAUUAAGGACAGUUGCACCAAACCUGACUGCAAAUUCACUCACGCAAAGGUGUCUCCAGCUGCCCCGGUCUGCCGAGAAUUUGGCCUCUACGGCUACUGCGAGAAGGGUGCAAGCUGCACCAACCGCCAUGUUUUCGAAUGUCCCGACUUCAGCAACACUGGCGUGUGUAAUACCAAGGGCUGUAAACUGCCGCACCGGGAGAGGGCAAGCGUCUUGCGCAGGGUCAAUGCCCGCGACGACGCGGAGAUGGAAGAUCUAUCCAGCGACGACGAAUCAGUCGAUAGCGACGAUAUCGACUCGGACGACGUUGACGAGUUUGUUGGCCAGGACGACGAUCCUGACUUGGAUUUCGCCGAGCAAAAGGACUUCAUCAAGUUUUGA